AUGAAUUAAUAAUUCAAAUGGCUCAAAUAGAGACCAACAAAAGGAUUGGCUUUUCCAACUUCAAGAGAGGGUGCAUCACUUACUUAUAUACCUAAAUAUUAAAGUGUAGUUUUGUUUGGAGGUAUUUGUAAUGGAAGAUUAAACGAAAUAAUGAUAUUUGAUAUUCAAAAAGAUGAAUGGAAAGUCUAAUAAACUUAAGGUAGACAACCUUCACCAAGAUGUUAUCAUACAGGUUUUUAUGAUGGUAAAAACUAUUAUUUUAUAUUAGAAACUUAGAAUGUUAUAUACUAUUAUGGUGGAUAAGCAGAUAAAGGUAGAUCUUUAACUGAUUUUUAUUGCUUAAGUUUUCAAAGUUUUAUAUGGAAAAGAUUAUUUUUAUUGGAAAGCCCUCCAAAUAGACAUAAUCAUACAAUGUGUGAUUUACCUGGAAUGGAAAAAAUCAUUUUCGGAGGAGCAUGUUUACCUGAAGAUCUAAUGUAUAAUGAUGUUUGGAUAUUUAAUUAUUCUGCUAUCUAAUUUACAAAUUAAUAAGAAAUUCCAGGUGCAGUAGCAACUAAAAAAAAUUGUAAAGGAGAACAUCCUUCACCAAGGUAAGGACAUGGAGCUGUAGUCUAUCAAAACAAUCUAUUUGUUUUUGGUGGAAAAUGUUAAGAUGAAACUACAUAACUAUAUAAAUUAUCUUUAGAAAAUUAUUAAUGGAAAAGAAUAUUGCAUUUAGGAAAAGCACCAGGUACAAGAGCUUUCUUUUCUACUAGUUUGAUUAAAGACAAUGUUAUAAUUUUUGGUGGAAUUGAUAAUGUUGCUAAUAAGGUUUUAAAUGAAACUUUUUUAUUAAACUUAACUGAUUAUCAUUGGAGUUCUCCUUUUACUGCUGGACCUAUUCCUUCUCCUAGAUAUUCACAUUGUAGUUGUCAAAUAGAAGAUAUAAUUUUAAUUAUGGGUGGUAUUGAAUAAACUUAUUGUUCUAUGGAUAUGUAUUUUUUAUCUUAAGGUGCUAUUAAUUCUAAUGCUGAAUGGGAAUAAUUAAAAGAACCUACUGAUUUAGAAAAGUAAACUAAUGAUGCAGCUAAUUAAAUUAUCAUGGAAGGCAAAAUGUAUCUAANAUUUUACUAGUUCACUAAAUUUUUAUUUUUGUUAUAAAUGAGAAUAAAAGAUUGA